AGAGCCAGAGCGCACAGCUCCAGAGUUGUGGUCCGCGCGCCGCUCUUCGCUCGCUCAGAAGUGUGUUUUUUUUGGCUCCACGCUCCGAGUCUCCUGCACAUCGGCAGCAGCAGUGCCAUGUCUGACAGCUGGAUGGGCAAAAGGUUGCAGCUCAUCUGAGGAGAAGGUGGCAUCUUGCUUUGGGGAGGAACAGAAGAGGAAAAAGAAGACUUGACCAGUUGCUGAGGGAGAGAGAGAGAGAGGAGGAGGGGGGGAUAUAACUGAAAGCCCCCCUCCUCGCCCCACUAAGCAGAGCAAAACGGAAGGCUUUGGAGUAUUCAAUUUUUUCUUUCGUUUUGUAUUUUUCUUAUUCCUCAUCGCAGUGCUGGGAGGUGCUUCAUCUUUUCAUAUAGUCUCUCUCUCCGUCAUCUGCCUCCUCAUUUACUUCUCCAUCUACGUAGUCUAUAAUUUCUUAUAUUUAUGAGAGAACGGAGAGAGGAGUUCUGAUUUCAUUUUUUAAUUCUGUCCUUUCGCCCUCCCUCCCUCACCCUCUCCGUUUUCACUGAACCCCGUCACUCCUGUCACUCCAUCAUUAUCAGUUCACCCCCAACUCCACCCCAUCUUCCACCCCAUCUUCCACCUUCUCCUGUCUCUAAGAUGUUAAAUGAACUUGGAUUAAUUUUCUUCAAAGACAACUAAAAAAAGAAAAAAAAACUCCUCAUGAAUGACUUCCCCCCCCUUUUCCUUCUCUUUUGGUCCCUCCACACCCAUUUUCUUUGCAUCACACUCUUGCGGGAUUCUUUAAUGUUACUCUAGACCGAGAGGAGCGAAGAGAAGAGCGAGCCGCCGAGCCGAKGAUCAUGACUGGCUAAAUUAGGCGAGGGCUCAGAGUCACGGGAAGCCGAAGAAGAGGGGGAACGUCCGCGCACACCGCUGCUGCUCAUCUCCACAGCAGCAGAGCUCGCGCACAAGCAGACUUCUGGACCUCGACGAGCUCUGGAGCUUUGAAGGAAAGGCAGUCGGAUGGAAAGAGACCAGUGAAAAGACUCUCCAUUUCUCAUCAUCCAGUUUCUUUAGCCGAGUUCCCUUUAGAAGCUCUGACAUUUUGAGUUAGUUCGUUUCCAAAAACCUCUGACAUCUGAGUCAAAAGCAUAAGCCGGCCAAUUUGGAGCUYGUUCUUUACAAAUCAGUCCUUUAGUUUUGGUCAGACACCACCCUUCCCUCACUCUAACCAUCCAGCCUCAGCUCUUCUUCCCGCCUUCAAAUAAUCCAGCUGCACUCCUCCGUCUACCUGCCAGACCCCCCCUCCUGUCCUCUGUGUGCGACUUCAUCAGUUUACACCCCCUCAUCCGAGGCUAUGAGAGGAGGGAUCGAAUCGCAGGCCACUCCAUCAUGCCCGUUCUGAAGAGCAGAGGGGAGAUCCGGGCUGGCAAUGUUCAAGGGACGACAUUCAAACUCCUCCACAAUGCUUGUCAGCCUCCACUUGUCUCCCUCCCAUCUUCAGGACAAGCACUUGGUGUCCCCACCCUCCAGUCAACAUCCUCCUCCUCCUCCUCCGGACCAGUCGUCCUGCCAUCCUCAGCCCCGGCUCACCCUGCCCUUCCUCUCCUUGUCCUUCUCUCUGCUUCUCCUCUCCGUAGUCCUCUUGCCCGUCUGCGAAUCCAGGAGGGGUGGUGGUACAGGAGGAGGUCCCGGAGGUGUUCCAGGGGGACAGGGAGGCCAGAGGGGAGGCAGCAGCCAAAGGGAUCCACUUAUCCCUCCUCAUUACCACCCGGGGUUACCAGUCAUCAGUCCUAAACCCAACAGCCCGUACAGUAUCGCUGUCAUCCUGGUGGGCAAUUCUAGUGAAGUAUCCUUAGGGGCUGGACUAGAAAAGGAAGACUUUCGCCACAUUCCUUAUCCUCCCAAAGUGGAGGUGGUCACCAUGAACGAGACUGAUCCCAAGAGCAUCAUCAAUCGGAUCUGUACGCAGAUGACGAGGAACUCCCUACAAGGCGUGGUGUUCGGUGAUGACACGGAUCAGGAGGCCAUCGCUCAGAUCCUGGACUUCAUAUCUGCUCAGACACAAAUUCCCAUCCUGGGCAUCAGAGGAGGAUCCUCUAUGGUCAUGGCUGCCAAGGACGACCACUCCAUGUUCUUUCAAUUUGGKCCCUCCAUCGAGCAGCAGGCUUCUGUCAUUCUGAACAUCAUGGAGGAGUAUGACUGGUACAUCUUCUCCAUCGUCACCACGUAUUACCCAGGUUACCAGGACUUCGUCACCAAGAUUCGGAAUACCAUCGAGAACAGCUUUGUGGGCUGGGAAUUGGAGGAAGUUCUUCUACUGGACAUGUCCGUAGACGAUGGAGACUCCAAGAUCCAGAACCAGCUGAAGAAGCUCCAGAGCCCCGUUAUUCUUCUGUACUGUACUAAAGAGGAGGCCAACACCAUCUUUGAGGUGGCCCACUCUGUUGGGAUCACUGGUUAUGGCUUCACGUGGAUUGUGCCCUCGCUGGUUGCUGGAGACACUGACGUAGUGCCUGCAGAGUUCCCCACAGGUCUGAUGUCUGUGUCCUAUGACGAGUGGGACUACGGCAUAGAAGCUCGUGUUCGUGAUGGCGUGGCGAUCAUCACCAUGGCGACCUCCACCAUGAUGAAGGACCGCAGGCCUCACACCUUGUUCAAGUCUGAGUGCCACGGAGCGAAAGAGAAAAACACCCCCAUCUCAGGCAACCCCAAUGAAAUUCUCAGGUACCUGAUGAAUGUGACYUUUGAGGGACGUAAUCUGUCGUUCAGCGAGGAUGGCUACCAGAUGCACCCCAAACUCGUUAUUAUUCUGCUCAACAAAGACAGACAAUGGGACAGGGUGGGUAAGUGGGAGAAUGGUUCCUUGUCCAUGAAAUACCAUGUGUGGCCUCGCUAUGAGCUGUAUGGGGGAGCAGCUAGCAAAGAAGAUGACCACCUGUCCAUCGUGACAUUGGAGGAGGCGCCGUUCGUCAUUGUGGAGGAUGUGGAUCCGCUCAGCGGGACCUGCAUGAGGAACACUGUACCCUGCCGCAAACAGAUCAAAUCAGU